UCCUUCGUGGGGUUUGUGCCGACACAGAGCUAGCUCUGUUUUGCACGCAGCAUGCAAGUCAAUCGUUUGGGUGGCAGCUAGCUCGAGCUCCACAGCUCUUUCGAAAAGACACGAGUGAAAGUGAUCCCACGUCGCUUGUUGGUAUGAACGGAGAACAACAGGCUCGUUGUUAGAGGAACACUCGCGCGGAGGAUUUAGCAUUCUAGGAGCGUAAACAGCUUGCAGAGAACUUCAGACAGUGCAUGCAAGAUAUCGGAAGCAGUGGGCGAGUAUCCACUGCAUUGGAUAAGAGAGCUAGCGAGCGCAGGCUGAGGAGGCCUCCACCCGCAUCCGCCAGCAGUUUGCAAGCGGCGUAGCACUUUGCACGGAUCAGUUCAGAUCGCGGUCCCCAUAAUUAUCUGAGCAUACAUUUUUGCAGUUUUUUUCCUGUUUAGCUCGUUGCGGCUCAUUGUAGUGCACUAGCACGGCGUAAAAGAAGAAAGCAGCUAUUUACUUUGCUCUGCAGUGUGAGAGACUACUUGCUGAAGCCCCGUCACCGCGUGUGCAGGUAGCAGCACAGACUUGCCUCCUGGGCGAGCGCGGGAUGUUAUGAAAAGUACAAUUAUUUAGUUCGAAAGGAGUAGCUCUGUUCGGCUCUAGCCGCGAGGUAUCAUAAUCACACGUCCUUGCCCCGGCUGCUGCUCGGCAGUGAGGGUGAGAGUGCGACGAAGCUUUUCAGUCUGACCUUAGACUAAGUUAGAGGUCAAUAUCAAGUGCUCUUCUGAAGUGGCUUUGGAAAGCCGUGCGUACACCGAAAGAACAGUCAGUGUAGAAGCAGAUUUCCAAUGGACUAGAUAUCGUAUUCUGCUACUAAUACUGCCAACGUAUGUCAGGAGCGCCGGACGAAAGCCCCACUAUAAUGGAAUUGACAAGACUACCGCUGGAUGGCUGCGGACUUUGGCGGCAUGGUACACUAACUCCUGCUAUCGUUGUGUGCCUGAUUUUGGCCAGCUCGUUCAUUGUCGCCGACCUGUACUACUAUGGAGUGCUUGGUGAGCUGCCAUGUCAGGCAUCCAAUUGCUCAUCCACCAUUCCUCAGCCAUCUGUGAAGCUGAUGAUGCAGGACCACAUGAGCCACUACAUACACCACUAUGGGGCGGAGGAGUUUGAAGAAGCCACAAGUCUGGCUGACCUUCCCUUCAUCACUCCCAACUUCAUUACCACGGUGCAUAUAUUUGUUGGUGCACUGGGCGGGUACCUAGUGUCGUCGGAGCACUACAAAAUCCGCCAGAUUGCCGUUGGCGUAUUCCAGUUCAGAAUAUUCUUGGACAUGAUGGACGGCGUAGUGUACCGGCGACAGCUUCACCAGUCGACGUACGUUAACGGCUGGGGUACUCUCGGCUACUAUAUCGAUGCCGGGGCAGAUGUACUGGCAUCGGUUAUCUUAGUGUACGGGCUAUUCGUCUACCUGGCACGGCACCCUCCCCGGCGCAACGAGGGCCUGCCGCUGCGUCACCCGCCAGAGCCGAUAACCGACGUACCGGUGAGCCGCAGCACCAUUCAGCUGACGCUGGUGAUCUGUCUCAUUCAGGGCUGCAUGCGUGGCAUGCUCUGGGAUCGCUACCAGUUUGCAUUCCAUUCGGUCUUCAGCAAGGUGCUACAUCACAAGGCCGAUGCGAUGCUACAAGCUAGUAUUUUCAAUUCCACAUUGACAAGAGCUGUCUUGUGGUUAUGGAAGCUGUCAUCAGCAGAAGGAAUGCUGGGCUUUGUCUUCUUUAGCAUAUUUCUUGACUUCACUUGGCCAAUGUUGGUUGUAAUUCGGAAGUACGGUUUUAUCCAGCUAGCAGUUGUUGUGACCAUAUCUCAGCUACACGCCUGGCAGGUUAGUGAGCUUCUGGCAAAGGCUGCAUGACCUAGAGCUCAGCACUUGAUUACACGAUUGACUUGACCACUCCACUACUCCAGCAGCAUGCCAGGCAUUGCAGUGGGCACCCCCAUGAAACAAGUACAGCAAUUUGUACCGAUGUUCAAGAUUUUUGUUGGACUUGAUGUCAGGCCGCUUCUACCGAUCUAUUUCGAAGUUAGUGUUCCGUCCUAUGUCGACAUUAGAAUGUUGCUUGCUUUUCUUGCAUUGAUAUAUUAUCAGGAUUUUGUUUACUUCAGAAAGGCACGGGCCAGUGCAUUUUUGGACGUUCUAUUUAUUUCUCAAUGCCACCCAAAGGCUAUACUGUAUAGACCUUCUGGUUUAGACGAGAUCGAGAGAAAGAGAGAAGUGUUUCCUGCUCUAUGCACAUUAUCUACCGCAGACACGGGUAAUAGUGGCAUCAUCCUGCACUUCUGCCUAUAUUAUGAUCCAAAUCUAUAAUAAUUCUCUCAAGUUUAAAACUUCUCUCUUUCCGUUUGCAGCGCGGGCAUGUUUUGACAAAUUGAAUCUUAGGUGUUCGAUAUGUUCCAGCAUUUCCUUCUGUUCAAAAAUCUAACACUUCCAAAUUUCUCGUUUCUGGUUAUCAAAAAGAUGAGCUUCAGCUCUGACGUAAAUUUCUUUUAGUGUUUUCUGAAAUUCUAAAUGGAAAUUUA